AAUAAAGAAAAGUGGGAUUGCUUGUGACCAGGCCGGCCAUCUGAAUCAAACGGAUUGUGAAGAUCGAAAAUGUGGUCUCAUAUCUUGGAUCAAAUUCUGCUAUCUCCCAUUCUCCCAACUGUCAGAAUCUUUGAAAAUGAUCAUCGUAUCCCCCUCCCAUUCCUGCUUCCCAUGUUACCAUAUACCCAUCUUUCACAUCACAUAUACUAUAUAUAUAAUAUAUAUUAUGAUCUCCCUCUGCUCGUACGGAUCAUCAUCAUAAUCAUAUCAUAUCAUCUGUACUCUCAUAAUAUCUUUUGUGUGUGUAUAUAUAUAUAUAUAGAGGUGCCUUCCCUUUCAUGUGGCCGGCAAUGGCAUAUGAACAUGGCUGCAUCUUCAUCUCUCCAAUCCUCUUUCUCUCAUAACUUCAUCUGAUCGAAUUGAAACAAUUCUGAUCUUAAACCAUAUAUUCACCAAAGCAAGCAAGCUUUCUAGCCAUGGCGGCAGCGGUGGCGGUGGCGGCGGCGGCCACUCAUGCUUCAUCAGAAUCAAGAUUUCACGUUCUGGCCGUCGAUGAUAACCUCGUGGACAGAAAGUUGAUCGAAAGGCUUCUCACAACUUGUUCUUUCCAAGUGACUGCAGUGGAUUCUGGGAACAAGGCGCUGGAGAUUCUUGGGCUGUUGGAAGAUUCCAUGACGGCUAUGAACUCCGACCACCACGAAGUGGAAGUGGAUUUGAUCAUCACAGACUACUGCAUGCCGGGGAUGACGGGGUAUGAUCUGCUGAGAAAGGUGAAGGAAUGCCGGAGAGACAUUCCGGUGGUGAUAAUGUCGUCGGAGAAUGAAGCGUCGAGGAUCAACAUGUGCUUGGAAGAAGGCGCGCAGGAGUUUCUGGUGAAGCCCGUCCGGCAAUCUGACGUCAACAAUCUGAUCAAACCGCGCCUGUUUGUCAAAGGCAACGAUAAUAAUAACGACGUUGUUUCGCCGGUGUAUUGUUCAGGCGUCGAUGAUAAUCGACAUGGAACGGCGACGGCGACGGCGACGGAAACUGUUAUCUCCCCGGCGGACCGAUAAAUAAAUAAUUCUUGAUUUUUGUUUAAAUGUGUUGCUAGAAAAUUAAACAAUGGUCGAAAUAAAAGUUUGAGAUUUCUCACU